UCUCUCACAGGCGGGCAGAGGCUCAUCUACCUCCGCGUCGCGCUCUUGUAUUCUCCUGGGGUUUUAUUCAUAGGUUCUUGGGGUUGCCAAAUAUGGCUGCAGUUGUUACCAGACACAAGCAUUUCGGUCAAGAAUACCUCAGUACUGAGUCUAAAUAUGUUGUUCGGGAAUACUCCAGCUCUGCGGCAGAAGAGGUGAAAUAUCAAUACCAAACACAGAAGAGAAUCCAGGGAGUGGUGGAGAAGAAGAUGCCUGAGAAAUACAUCCGUGAGGAGUCCAUGAUCAGGGGCCCCAAGUUUGUGGUUAGACUGAGGUCCCAUACAGUGUAUGAAAACAGUGCUAUUAAACUUUUCUGCACUGUGGAGGGAUAUCCCACCCCACAAGUCAAAUGGUUCAAGGAUGAUGUCAUCUUGGAUAUUUCUUCUGGAAAGUACUUUGUGGAGAGCAAUGCUGGAUUCCAUGCCCUCUCCAUCCUCAAGUGUGCAACUGAUGACACUGCGAUGUACACGGCUGUAGCCUCAAACACUCAUGGACAGGCCUCCACCCAGGCCUCCAUCAUUGUGAAGAGGUGCAAAGAGGAAGAAACGUCCACUCCUUAUUCCUGGAUGCCUUACCAGUAUGCUGUUUUACCUGAGAUCAAGUAUACGAAGAUUAACAUCACCUUCACUGAGACGUUUGACGUGACCUUUGGAAAAGAAGGCGAUAAGGCCACUUUGACCUGCAAGAUGACUAUUAACCCCAACCUGGCUAACCUGCAGCCUGAGGCGAUGUGGUACAGAGAUGAGCACCUCCUGAAAGAGUCGAGGUGGGUGAAAAUGGAGUCUGGCGGAGGUGUUGCCAAGCUCACGCUUACUCAGCUCGCUAAGGAUGAUGAGGGUCUUUACACCCUCCGCAUGGUCACCAAGGGAGGCGAUGCGGUCCACAGGGCUUACGUCUUCGUUGAUGAUGGUCCACCUCCAGUUCCUCAAGCUCCCGGAGCCCCAAUGGACAUUAAGAUCCAUGAUGCAAAUAGAGAUUAUGUCAUUGUGUCCUGGAAACCUCCUAACACCACCACUGAAGGCCCCAUCGUUGGAUACUUUGUUGACAGAUGUGAAGUUGGAACAGAGAACUGGGUGCAGUGUAACGACUCGCCUGUAAAGAUCUGCAAGUAUCCUGUGCAGGGCCUGUUUGAGGGACACUCUUAUUACUUUCGCGUGCGUGCCGUCAACUCUCGCGGCAUUGGCAGACCCUCCAGAAUGUCUGAGCCCAUUGCCGCUCUGGACCCUACAGAGUUUGAGAGACUUCAUGCCACAAAACUUGGUGGAAGACUUGACGUUGUGACUUACUAUGAUGACCUUGAAGCCGAGGGAAAAGCUCCGGGACCUCCCUCUAAAGUCUGUGCUUCAGAGACGGACCGAACAUAUGUUGUGCUCAGUUGGGUCCCUCCAGUCUACCAUAGCAAAGCCCCCAUGUGGUAUUACAUUGAGAAGCUUCAAGUGAGAGCUGGAUCCUGGCAGAGAGUGAACACUAAAGUACCCAUCAGAUCUCCUCGCUAUGCCGUCUUCGACCUGCUAGAGGGAAAGGAUUAUCAGUUCCGUGUGGUGUCUGCUAACAUGUACGGCGUCAGCGAGCCUUCCGAGCCCUCCAGUACUGUAACAACCCUGCAGUUGAAGGGUGUGCCCUCGGCUCCUGGACAAGUCGUUGCAACCAGAGAGACAGACACUUCUGUUCUAAUCCAGUGGGCGCCUCCAAAGGAUCCCAAUAACCUGAUUGGAUAUUACAUUGAUUCUUGUGUGAAAGGAUCUAAGGACUGGACCUCUGCCAAUCACAAGCCCCAUAAGCAGACUAGGAACUCAUUAAACCUUAUUCGAUAUUACAUUGAUUCUCGUGUGAAAGAUCUGAGAACCGGACCUAAGCCAAUCACAAGUGGACCAGCGCUGUGUUUCUCAAAGCUUCAAGUGAGAGCUGGAUCCUGGCAGAGAGUGAACACUAAAGUACCCAUCAGAUCUCCUCGCUAUGCCGUCUUCGACCUGCUAGAGGGAAAGGAUUAUCAGUUCCGUGUGGUGUCUGCUAACAUGUACGGCGUCAGCGAGCCUUCCGAGCCCUCCAGUACUUCCAAGACAUUGAGUAAUGGGGAGGACCAGCUAAAGCAAUCUGUCUUCUCCACAGAGCUGCCCUCUUUCCCUUAUGAUAUCUCUCUUCUCUACUGUGAUGGGGAAUCCAUGGUGCUCAACUGGAAGCAGCCCCUCCAUUCUGGAGGAGCAGACGUCACUGAUUAUUACAUUGACAAAUGCAAUGUGGCCAAGAAGACAUGGAAGGAGGUCAACGUCCCACCCAUUAAGGAAACACUGCACAAGGUUGGAGGUCUGACAGCUGGGUCAGUGUAUCAGUUUAGGGUCUAUGGAGCUAAUUUGACUGGACUGGGUGAUGCCUCGACCCCUAGCGCUCCCUUCAAAUGCGAGGCUUGGACCAUGCCUGAGCCAGGUCCAGCCUAUGACGUGACCUUCACUGAAGUAAGGGAUGAUUCGGUGGUGGUGGAGUGGAAGGCUCCUGUCUACAACGGUGCCAGUGCUAUCACUGGAUACAUUGUUGAGAAAUCCAAGAAAGGCUCGGAUAACUGGAGCAAAGUCAACGAAAAUUCAGUCAACCACUGCUAUUUUAAGGUCAAGGGUCUAGAAACAGGCGAGUCUUAUGGGUUCCGUGUGCGGGCAGAGAACACCAAUGGCGUUGGGGUGGCUUCAACCCCCUCUGACCCUGUGUGCAUCAAGGCACUGCCAGGUCCAACCUAUGACGUGACCUUCACUGAAGUAAGGGAUGAUUCGGUGGUGGUGGAGUGGAAGGCUCCUGUCUACAACGGUGCCAGUGCUAUCACUGGAUACAUUGUUGAGAAAUCCAAGAAAGGCUCGGAUAACUGGAGCAAAGUCAACGAAAAUUCAGUCAACCACUGCUAUUUUAAGGUCAAGGGUCUAGAAACAGGCGAGUCUUAUGGGUUCCGUGUGCGGGCAGAGAACACCAAUGGCGUUGGGGUGGCUUCAACCCCCUCUGACCCUGUGUGCAUCAAGGCACUGCCAGGUACCCAGGAAAUCAAAUGUGGCAUCGAUGAGGAAUCAGGUGACAUUUAUCUCUCUUUUGAGAGCUGCCAAAUGGCGGAGAAAUCAAAGUUUGUGUGGAAGAAGUCCUACCAAGAAAUGACUGACUUCUCUAAGGGAAUCAUCCUGAAGACAUCAGGCAGCCACUCAACUUUGCUUUUUAAGAACCCAGACAAAGAGGAUUUGGGCACAUACUCUGUGUCUGUUACACAUACUGAUGGUGCCUCCGCCAGCUACAAGAUGUCAGCAGAAGAGCUGGAGAAGAUGUUGGCCCUCAGCUAUGACAUACGCAACCCAAUUAUCCCUCUGAAGACUGAACUGGCCUAUAAGAUUCUAGAGAGAGGCCGUAUGCGCUUUUGGCUGCAAGCUGAGGGCAUCUCCUCUGCUGUGACCUACAAAUUCUUUGCCAAUAACAAGAAGCUUGUCAACUGUGAGCAAACUAAAAUGAGUCACGACGCAGCUACGGGCAUUAUUGAGAUGGUGAUGGAUCAUUUCACUGACGACAGCGAGGGCACUUUCACCGUGCAGAUCCAAGAUGGCAGAGCCAAGGCCCAGUCCUCUCUGGUGCUGAUCGGAGACGCCUUCAAGGCAGCGCUGGCUGAGGCAGAAUACCAAAGGAGGGAGUACAUUCGUGUGAAAGAGGGCCCUCACUUUAUGGAGUUCCUCUCCAUUCAAGUUGGGGAAAACGCCUCUGUCACUCUUGUUUGCAAGGUGGCUAAUUUGAAGAAGGACUCUGUGUUCCAAUGGUAUAAGGACGAUGUAGAGGUGAUUUCUGAGGUGCCUGCUGACUUGAACUCAGGAGUCUGCAAGUUCCCCCUAACUAAUUUCUCCAAGAGGGAUGUGGGACUAUAUAAAGCAACCAUCACCGAUGACAGAGGCCAAGAUGUGUCACAGAUUGAUGUUUCUGGCAAAGCUUUUGAUGACAUCAUUAACGAGCUCAGUCGUGUCGCUGGAUCCAGCGCCUCUGAGUUGUCGAUUCAGUGCACUGCGGAGGGCAUUAUGCUUCAGUGCCAUAUGAAAUAUUACACCGAGGAGAUGAAGAUCCAUUGGAAACAAAAGGAUUCUAAAAUUGCUGCAUCAGAAAGGAUGAGAAUUGGUGGCAACCCAGCAAUGGCAACUUUGGAGAUGGUAGAACCGACUGAUAAGGAUAAAGGAAUGUACACUAUUGAGAUUGUGGAUCCCGAGAAGACGCAUUCUCGUACCCUGGACCUCUCCGGACAACUCUACGACAACAUCUCUUUCCUUCUUUUUUGGACCUGGACAGGAUCCAGCGCCUCUGAGUUGUCGAUUCAGUGCACUGCGGAGGGCAUUAUGCUUCAGUGCCAUAUGAAAUAUUACACCGAGGAGAUGAAGAUCCAUUGGAAACAAAAGGAUUCUAAAAUUGCUGCAUCAGAAAGGAUGAGAAUUGGUGGCAACCCAGCAAUGGCAACUUUGGAGAUGGUAGAACCGACUGAUAAGGAUAAAGGAAUGUACACUAUUGAGAUUGUGGAUCCCGAGAAGACGCAUUCUCGUACCCUGGACCUCUCCGGACAACGUGAGUUAGCGGACGCAUAUGCUGAAAAGAAUCGUGGCAAAGUGGUUGGUGGUCUUCCUGAUGUUGUGACUAUCAUGGAAAAGAAGACUCUGAGUCUGACCUGCACAGUCUGCGGUGACCCCAAACCUCUGGUCAGCUGGUCUAAGAAUGAUCAAGAGGUAGAACCCAGCGAUCAGUACGUCAUUGCCAUGGACUCGGGCAAGUUCGCCAGCCUCACUAUCAAAGGCGUGUCCCUGGAGGACUCCGGCAAAUACACCAUGACGGUCCAAAACAAGUACGGCGGCGAGUCUGUGGACAUCAUCGUCAGCGUGUACAAACACGGCGACAGGGUUCCGGACAUCAAACCCACACCCUCACCCAAGAGGAUCAUGCCUCCCACGGUUCCCAUCGUAAUUCCCACUGCCAAGUCUGCCACCCCUGCCCCUGCUGCAGCCAAGUCUCCGGCUCCUCCCCAAAAUGCCAAAUCCUCUGCUCCGCCCCGUGGCAUGAAGUCCCCCACUCCCACCAGGAAGAAGUAACAGCAUAGCCCUUGCCUCUCGUUCACCCCAACAGCACAAAAACAACUCGAUUUACAUUUCCGGUUGGAAAUAUCAGUGUUUGCAAGGCAGCUAAGGAAGUUUGGGUUUAGGUUUUGGUUCAUGUCUUGUUUUCUUCCAGCUGUAGACAGUCUAUUAACAAAAUCAACAUAGUUUAUUAUAUGGCUAUAAAGGAGUAAUGGUGCUUUUUUUCUGAUUUUAAAAAUCUUUGUAAUCGUGAUAUGCAGACAAUAUAAAUCAUUUGUAGGUUGAUUCCCCUAAAAAGUAAAAAACAUUAGUUGCAUCUGUAAUCACAUACUGUCUAAUAGGUACUACAUUUUUAUUUGAAACUUACUUCACGCCCAUUAAAAAAGUAUGUUCUACACAUGAGUAGCAUGAAUGAAAUUCAGACUUACUACAGCCACCUUAUUGUUACUGUUCUGUGACUCACGAACAUUCAUUUCGUUGCUUUACUGCCAUUCACACUGCCAUUCCAUGGCUUCAUGGGAAAGUUAGAUGUCCAUCACAAAUGCACUCCAGAUUCUUGGUGGAAGAAUCAGCCGCACCACA